AUGGAAGGAUUAUUCUUUAACAUCGACUACGGGUACCUUGAAGGUGUUGUCCGUGGCUACAAAUCCGGCCUCUUAACUUCCAACCAAUACGUCAACCUCACCCAAUGCGAUAACCUUGAAGAUUUGAAAUUACAAUUAUCAUCCACCGACUACGGCAACUUUUUGGCAAACUAUUCUGGUCCAUUAAGCACUACCGUCAUCCAGGAAAACUUGACAAAAAAACUAUUCCAGCAGUACCAGUACAUCCAAAGUCAAUCGAGUGGGAAGUUAACCAAAUUUAUGGAUUUCAUAAACUACGGGUACAUGAUCGACAAUGUCAUAUUGAUGAUUACCGGUACCUUACACGAAAGAGACAAGUCGGAAAUCUUGAGAAAGACCAACGCCUUGGGGUGGUUCGAUACCUUGCCUACAUUGUCGAUUGCUACCGACAUCGAAAGUUUAUACCUGACAGUGUUGAUAGACACUCCUUUGGCCCCAUUCUUCAAAAACUGUGUCAGUGCCGACGACUUGGACGACUUGAACAUCGAAAUUAUAAGAAACAGAUUAUACAAAAACUACUUGGAAGGGUUUGUUGACUGGUGUGACAAAAACUUGGACGGACCCGAUAAGGAGAUUAUGGAGAGAUUGUUAACUUUGGAGGCCGACAAACGUGUCAUCAAUAUCGCCCUAAACUCGUUAAACAACCCCGACUUGUCGCCAGAAGACAAGUUGUCGUUAUUCCCCAGCCACGGCAAGUUGUACCCCACCUACCACUUGGAAUUGUCGCAAGUAGACGACGUCGAGCAAUUGAAAUCAAUCGUCGAACUCGUUGGCGACUACAAGGACAUCUUCUCCGAAACCAACGAAAACUUGAAAUCCUUAGGUGACUGGUUCUACUACUUGGAAAUGCAAUUGUGCAGAAAUGCAUUCACCCAGCAGUUCACCUUGGCGUCAGUCUAUGCCUGGUUAAAGUCGAAAGAACAAGAAAUCAGAAACAUUACUUGGAUCGCCGAGUGUAUUGCCCAAAACCAAAAAAAUAGAAUUGAAAGCUACAUAGCUGUAUACUGA